GAGCGGGCGGAGGCGGGGCUGGGCUCCCUGGCGGUGACGAGGUGCGAUGUGGCCGCCGGAGUCGCGGGCUGGUUCGCCGGACCGUCCUGACCUGCUGCAGCACGUCCAGGCGCAGUGCUCGCCGGCCACCCCGCUUUACCUCAGCUUCUUCGAGGAGGAGUGUCGCGCCAUUGCCGCCAGCCUGCGCCUCGGGGCGGCCGCGGAGUCUUCGCCGGGCCUGGGGGAGCUCAGCGUGCUGCUGCCCGAGCCCGCCGGACCCGCUACUUCCACGCCGCUGCCCGUCCCGAGCCACGGGCGGGGCCGGGCCUCGAGCGAAGGUGAUUGCGAGGCCGCUGCUGCCCCGGCCCCAAGGAAGCCCGGGUGCCGCCCGCAGCCCGCGGCCGGCGGUGGCUUCGGCGCCCGCUCACCUCGCCCGCCCCCCCAGUCCCGGCGGGCGCGGCGCGGUCCAGAACAGCCCUCCGGCGGCGGCCCCGGCAGCCCUGCCCGCUCCCUGGGCCGAGGCCGCACCAGGCUCGCUCUCCCCCGCACACGGGCCUCGCUGGGGCUGCAGCUCCCCGCGGCCGGCACAGGGCGCGGUGCCUGGGAAACGCGGCUCCUCCGGCCCCCAGCGACCAGGCUGAAGCUGACGUCGCCUGCCAGGUCCAGGCUUCAGUAUGCCAGCGGGGCUUCGCAGCAGGCACAGCCUUCCAGCCUUCCCAAACCUGCUCCCCGGGACAGAGAGAUGAAAACUGCUGUCAAGGCUGGGAGUCGUAAACAGCCCUCCUCAAGGCUCUCUACAGCAAUUCCUGUGGCUUCCCGCUCCUCAUUGCGGCUUCCGGGAAAAGUGGUUUCGUCCAAGUGUUUUUGCCUUAAUAAAGGAUCAACUACACAGGAGCUGGUGUGCAAUAGGACCCAAGAGCUGAAGGAAAAUGGUGAGAGCAAAGAAAAGCAGAUUGCAGCAAGGAUUGUCUUGGGUGCAGGUAAACCUGACCAGACAUGGUUGUGUGUGGAGUCCUCUUUGUCCAGAGAGUUGGCCCCUGGCCUGACUUCAUGGCAUGAAGAUGCAGGCCCUGCUGAGCAGUCUGCAGGUGAUCAGCUGUCCCAGGAACUGGAGCAUGUGAAGAAAGAGCUGGAGCGAGUGAAGGAUGAACUUGCUGACAAGACUGCCCAGUGUGAAGCCUAUCAGCAGACAAUCUUCUCCUUGCAGGCUCAGCUCAGAGCAGCAGGAAUCUAUGUAAAAGAUGCAGCAGUGUUUGACAGAGGUGACCUGGGGAGAGACUGACAUCUGGGACGUGGGGACAGACAACAGCUUUGUGAGCCUCUGGGGCAGUGAUAUAUGUGGAGCUGUUGAAUGAAUUAAUUUCCUAACUCCUUAUAUGUAAAAUAAAGAUGUCUUUUGCAGUA